GUCGAGAUACACCUCGUCACAUCCACCCACCUUACACCCACCGCACAAGAUGUUGAACAUCUUCAGCCCCCCCAUCCUCACAGCAGCAGCAGCCGCCGCCGCCACCGUCGUCCUGGCCCAUGGCGACCACCACGAUCAAGAGCCUCUCGAAGGACCACAUAAGAAACUCUGGUACAACACUCUCCCAGGCGAUGGAGGUACCCAAGCCGAUUCUGUAUUCUCAGGCAUCUCCACCUUUGGGAGACUUCCAUAUUCGCCCUGUCUGGCCACCGAGGAUGUCAAGUAUGACAUUGCCUUCAUCGGAGCACCCUUCGAUACCGGUACGUCCUACCGACCAGGAGCACGAUUCGGUCCAUCGGGUAUUCGACAAGGGAGUCGACGAUUGAAUCUCUACGGUGGAUAUAAUGUCCCACUCGAUGCCAAUCCAUUUGCCAGUUGGGCGUCAGUAGUCGACUGUGGAGAUGUUCCCGUGACUUCAUACGAUAAUACCUGGGCAUUGCACCAGAUUGAAGAAGGCCAUAAUAGCAUUCUCAUGAGGGAACCGGCGACCGAUGCCAAAGAGCCAGGAAUUUCCAAGCAUGGCAAAACGUUGCCUCGUGUCAUCACUCUCGGCGGUGACCACACCAUCACCCUCCCCCUCCUCCGCAGCAUGAACCGCGCCUACGGACCCAUCACCGUAAUCCACUUCGACUCCCACCUCGACACCUGGCGACCCAAAGUCUUCGGCGGCUCACCCUCCAAAGUCGCCAGCAUCAACCACGGCACCUAUUUCUUCCACGCCGCACAAGAAGGGCUACUACGCAACGACACCAACAUCCACGCAGGAAUUCGCACCACAUUGAGCGGUCUGUCCGACUAUGACAAUGACGGGUAUUGCGGCUUUGUCAUUUCCGAGGCGAGAGAGAUUGAUACUAUUGGUACUGAAGGGAUUAUUAAAAAAAUUCAUGAUCGUGUGGGACAUACGAAUCCCGUGUAUUUGUCGAUUGAUAUCGAUACGCUGGAUCCGGCGUUUGCGCCUGCUACGGGCACGCCGGAGACGGGAGGUUGGUCGACGAGGGAGUUAAGGACCAUCAUUAGAGGCUUGAAGGGUAUCAAUCUCGUUGCGGCAGAUAUCGUCGAGGUUGCGCCGGCGUAUGAUACGAAUGCAGAGUUGACCACCAUGGCUGCUGCCGAUACGUUGUAUGAGGUCAUGAGCUUGAUGGUUCUCAAUGGACCACUCACGGUAUCGAACAGCUCCAGAGCCCCGGCCAAAGAGGAGAUUUGAGGACGUGGGCACCAAUGCUUUGGAAUUGGAGAUGUGGUUGAUGGAGAGGCGAAGUAGGGAUACCGGCGAGAUGGGUCUUGGUACAUGAAUGGCCAGCAAGGCAGCAAAGGUGCGUAGACUAGUAGCAAACUUAUGUAGGUAUGAUAGAAACUCUAAUAAAUAUGUCAGCG